GUUCAACAUCGUCAUCGUCUUGGUCGUCAUCUUCACGUAUCGUUGCGAUGCGACGAACGCGAGAACGUCAAGGAUCUUUCACCGCGACCUCAACAUGCAUACUAUUGUUAUCAGUUGUUGUACCAUUAACAUUUGGACUCGCUGCUCAACAACAAGCCGUAGAUCAUAUGCACGUGGCAGCUGCAGAUCCAGAUGCAGACCUGGCCCAAUGGAAUCACGAACGAGGCAUGCAAAUCCAUUCACCAUUGGAGGUCCUGGCUCAGCUUGCUCAACGUAGUGGACAAUUGACACAGAAGCAGAAUGAAAUAGAUGUGCUGAAACAGCAGUUGCAAGACAAGCAGAUUACGCAAGCGGACUACGAACAGAAGCUGAAGACGGUGACAAGUUAUGUCCGAAUGGAAAUCGACGCAGCAACGCCUGUUGAUAGUAGAGCACGUCACUAAAUAAACCAACUAAAAUUUUUAUGUGGAUUAAGUAGACUAAUUGAAAGGCAAUCGAUGUGCAAAGCUCGUAUUUGCAGCUGCUUGCAGAAAUGGACCUUUAAGCACUGUGCCGUAGUUAUCUUCCUCUGCUUCUCUCAUUCUCCCGAACGCGCCAACCUACAGACGGAAGUGACGCAUCUACGCCGAGCCGUGACGCGUCUCGAAUCACAGCAGGCUCAGCAUAAGGCUGCUCAGGAUGCUCGUCGGCUUGCAGCCAAAGAGAGGCAUCAAACAAGGGAGCAAGCCUUUCUUGCUCAACUGCGACGAGUCGAAGAGGAGUCGGCACAGACAAGCAAGAGGGAAAGAGAAAAGUUACGUGCGCGUCCUCGUCCUAAACGUUGUAGCAUAUUUCACUGUUUCGCAGGUGUUUGGGCCCAUUAAUCCUUUUCCUACAUAUCAACGUCUCUUCUAACCCAAGCACUCCUGCAAAUGACCAGGGCCCGGACAGAACAACGAGAAAAAGCUGAGCGCGCCCAAGAAAGCUUGCGCCACUUGAGGACACAAGUCGCUGGUCUCUCUAGGAAAAAUACCGCCUUAGAAAAGAGCUUGGCAAGUUCGGAGAAACUUAGACGCAUCACGGGAGAAGCUCGCGAGAACUGGGCUAGCGGAUUGUUGAAAGUGAUAAACACAGAAAAGGAAAGGCUAGCGGACAAAGCUAGUACAUCUUCAAGAAGUAGUAUUUCUCGUUCUCGAACUAGAUCAGUAAGGUUUAUUCAAAGUGGAGAUCAUUUUCCCGGCGAAGAUGAAGCAGAUAACGAUAAUGUGUCUACAGACGCCGUCUUGCCAGAGGCAAGUGCUUGCCUGUCGGGAGAGCGGAUGGUGCCUUUGGUACAAUUGUAUUUUGUGGUAGCUUAUACUUAAUAUUUUCUCAAAUUUUACGCUAUCUAAAGAUGAUCGGGGUAAGUACUCUUUUCCUUGUAACUAAUUUCACAAUAGUCUUCUUCAACGGCGUCCUUCCUGUCUGUCUCGCCUCAUAGUUUCGCGAUAGUCUUCUUCAACCCUAUGGAAAAAGAAGAAUACCUUCCUCCAUCUUAUCAGGCCGACUGUCUCGCCACUCUUGACCGCAUCGCUUCCAUUCUCAAUUCGUCAGCUUCUACAGCGACGCCCAGCACUUCGUCGACUACGGGUAGGAGUCGUAUAUCAUCUUUAGAUGAGUCGUGUAGUCGCGAUGAUGAAGUGUUUGGAACGGGAGGUUCCGAUGCAGAUGGAGGAGACUCCUCCGAAGCAGAUCAUGUUGGUCAAAAGAAUACCAAACUAGAGAAAGAACGACAAGAAAGCUUCUUGUGCCUGCAAAUAGAGGCUUUGACAGAAUCUCUUCGCAGUUUGUCAACAUCUAGCAAUACGUCGGAGACAGAAGAACUACACGCUUAUCAGGCACAGAGUGAACGAUCUUCAACCUCAAAAUCUUCUUCUUCGAACUAUUGCAGAAGUGAAGAAGAGCUGGAGGCUGAAGAAGCGGCUUUGAAACAAGCAAUGAGCGAUAUCAUCAGAGCUACGCAAGCGCGCGAGGCGCGUAGCAGGAGAAAAAAAUCUGCUCUACUCUCUUCUGGUGCUAGGUCUUCUUCGACUUCUGGAAGCUCAUCUUCACUAGGCGCAGGAAGGGAGAGAAGAGCAAGAGCCGGGAAAACCCCUUCCUGUACUCGUGUUAAGGCUAGAAGAAAUCCAUCUUCACAGGCAUCCUGAGACCGUUUUCAAGGGGAAAAAGGUCCUCGGAUGCGUCUCAAGAUGGACGUCUCGUAGUUCUAAUCGUGCGAUGCCAAUUUUAGGCAGCAGGAAUAGUGCUAGUGCUUUUGCAAAGCCAAAUAACAAGCCGCUGGUGCUGUCGCCAAGUAGAAGACCAAGGAAAGCGGGACUACAAGUGCAAGAAGAUAGUGAUGAAAGCGAUGAUUUCGUAGUCUCGGAUGACGAAGUGCCAGCUAGAAGUACCUCCUUAUCCGGGUGUACCUCCACGAUGAUCAAAUCUGCUUGCGAUGCCAGCGACAGGUGCCUUGAUAGGAUAGCAAUAACCGCAAAAACUGCAGUCAGAGAUCUCCGAAGCAUCCUUUCCGAAUUAGCUGUAGAUAUCCCGAAAGAGCUGCCCUCUUACGUCCUGAAACGCCUGAAAGUUUUCUCGGAAAUACUGAAACUCUACGUCACGCAAUCGGCACUAUAUUACGCAGUUGCGUUUUACACCGUCUUUUUAGAGUGGUGCGCGCAGCUGAAGCAAGAAUGCAUCAGCCUACCUGCGGAUCUGUUGGAGUGGUUUGGGACUCAGAGAAGUUGUUUUCCAUGUCUCAACAGCAAGAAAACCGGAGGAGGAGUAGAGACGAGUACAACUAAAAAAGAUGAAUCUAGUGCGUCUUUAAAAUCAUCCACGACUGGGAGUUCUUCUACGAGUAGUAAUCCAUCCGGGCAAGUAGACGCUACACACGAACCAGCACGCUCCGAAGCAGAAGUACAAGGACUUUUACAUCAAGCAGGAGCUGUUGUAGCACUACUAGCAGAGCCUCCAGAAGAUAAAGACGCAAUGGCGACACAUGAAGGAGAUGAAGAAACGUCCAGACACGAACGUAUCAUGCAGUGUGUCAAUGAACAGAGUUGGCAUGCGUUUAACAAGAUAAACAGACUGUCGUUUUUCUGCGCCAUCGUCUCCCUUGCAGCGACGACAGGAAGUGGCGCGAAACCGGCCAUGGGGUUCCUGUCGACGCUGCAGCUGUUUUUAAGGCUCAACUUUUAAUGGUCAUUGGGGUUGGUCACUGGGAUCGCAGCAAGGCUCUCCUUGGAAAACAGGGGAAAACACAGGGAGAACAAGUAGAGGGGUAAAGGGCCCUUUUCUUUCAGCAUCAGUGACCAAUGAAUGCUGAGCUUUAAUGUUUGUUGCUUUGCAGUGGACCACCGUGUCAGAGUGGCGCAGACUGGGCGGCUACCUCUGUUUUCGAUCCCUCCUGGCAUGGGGCUUAGGUAGCAGUACCUUAUACUUCAUUUACGUCGAACGCAAUUUACCGCAGUUAGCGGCGGCUUAUCCAGAGAUAUUUCAUGUAGGUGGUGGAGCAGAUACUAGCGGUGUCACAUGGACAAUGGCCGCACAGCUGUGGCUUGGUGGAGACGAGGAUGGAUUUGACAAAGCUUUGAAAGGGAACACGAUGAGCAUGAGUGGAGAAUCUUCAAUAGAAGAUGAUCUUUAUGGUCGUGUUGACGACUUAAACUUUGACGGUUUAGACUUCGCUGCUAGACACAACCUUGUUGAGGACGUUCAGACAUCUUUGAGAAACGCGAUUGCAGAAGUGGAAAGUUUUAGAGUUCGUGGAGACGAUGCGUAUUUGAGCUUUGUAGAGUGGUUGGAGUGGACGACGAAAGCGUUCGGGGAAGAAUCCACCUCCACCUCAUCAGUGGACACAACAGUCGAACAUGAUGAUCUUGACAACGCAGGAGAAGAUGAAGCUUCAGAAGAUGAUGGUGAUGCACUCGUCUUUGACUCAGAUUCGCGAGCUCCAGAAGAUGAUGGUGAUACCUGUACUCUUUUUAAGGGUAGGUUAAAGGUGCUUUUCUUACCGCUUUUUAUGCCUCUCGUAAGGGAGAAAGGCAUAACAAGCGGGGAAAGCGAGCACCAAAAGCCUACCUCUAAUCUUUGUAGUACCCUCGCAUCUCCUGCAGCAUACAAAAGCUAUCUGCAUCAUAUGCUUGUCGACGUCGCUUCCAAAAGCGCCUGUUCGGGAGAGCCGCACUAUUUUGCGGAGGUAAAGCGCCUGUGCGGAGCAUGUCAGAAGGAACGUCAGAAAGAAGCAGACGAGCAUCGUUUGGAACAAGAACAGCAUCACCAUAAUAGGAGACUAGCACAGGCACAGCAGCUUCCACCUGGCGCUGGAGGACACUGUGAUCAAGGCAUCAUAUGUCUAUUCGACGCGAAUGAAGCGCCACCGAUGAGCACGUUUUCUUUGGGAGUGCAUCUCUUCGUUGUCAUUCUUGGUCGGCUUCUCUGUAGCACUGGCAUCGACACUAUGCUGGAGUCGGACACGAAGAAGAUACUGAAUGGCGAUCGGCGUGAUGGAUCUUCCUCUGGUAGUGGAGGAGGUGGUAGUUCAUCUAGUACUGGUGGUGCCGGACGAGAUGGUGACGGACGCAGUCGGCGAAGUAGAUACAAGCAAUCGCGAAAACAGAAGUUGGCGAAUAACAAUAACAAGUGGAAGUGAUGGUCAUAGUCUUCGAAGUCCUGGGCAUCUUCAGGACAUCAUCGAGAAAUAUUAUCAUCACCGUGGUUGUGCGUGCACGACUCGGUGGAAUCUUCCUGGUAGAACUGAGACGUCUUCAUCUACGUGUACCACGUGUAACAAAGGCAAGCUGCAAUUUUUUGACUUAGGCACAACGCAGCAAGAAGUAGUGCAUCUUCAUCCUUUAUCUUGCUCCACAUGCAGAAUUUUUCAAAUAACUGACACUGAGUUCCUUUUCAAAUAAAUGGGGUCCACCUAGUACUAGUUGUAGACGUCUUCAUCUACUUACGUGUACCACGUGUACCAAAGGCAAGCUUUACUUUUUGUAGUACCCCUCGCAGGAGUUCCGCGAAACGCGAUCAAUGGAGAUUGAGGAUCUGCGAACAAGCGCUGACAUGAGCACUGUACUAACAUCAAACGAGUUGUAUCAAAAUACGAUUACGGACAAGUCUAUCGUUUCUUUUUUAGAGUAUGUAGACAUUAACGAGACCAAAUUUCACGAAGACACCCAACAUCACUGCAAAAUUUGUGAUGUCGUUCCUCUAUCAGCGCACGUGGUAGCCUCAUUAUGAAUGCAAAAAUGACGAUACUGAUUGGACCGAGUAGAGCUUGGAUAGAUUUUUCCUCUGUUUU